CUGUCAGUGGACACCCGUCCUCUUUGAGUCACAGGCACACACCAAGCCGGACACACUCUUGCUGCUGCUGCUGGUUGCUUCACUUCAGCUGCUCUUCUUGUUUGCAGGGAGACGACAUGAAGCGCUGCCUCGGACUGAUCCUGUUGCUCUGUUCUGGGAUGCUCCAUGCAGGAGCUGGACUUCGCUGCUACAAGUGCUCAGAUUACACAGGACGCUGCGAGAACGUGCAGGAGUGCACAUUCGAAGACUCAUGCAUCUCUCUGAGCGAGAGAGGAGGGAAGACCAUUCGUCAGUGUAUCAGGUACACAGACUGUGACAUCUCCCGCCUCACCCAGAUGUUUCCGUCCAUCUCCAGCUUCACGUACAGAUGCUGCAACAGUAAUCUGUGCAACUCUGGUAACACGGUUACCACAGCAACGCCGGUCCUGGCACUUGUGGGGACCUUGCUGAGCGUAUGGUGGUGUUGGGUGUAAAUGACAGCUGUGACUCUGCGUAUUAAAUUUUAAUUGUGGGUCGAUUUUUUCUUUUUACUCUUCUCAGGUGUCUUUUGAAAAAAAAAAAUGUAAUUUUCUUUACUAAUUUCUUUAUUCCAUAUUGUAAAAUUUUAACAAUAAAAGUGACAAAAGUAA